AUGGCGAAAAAGGCAAAAGGGUCUCACUCUACUUCUUCGGCCUCUGGCGCUGCCGGUUCGGGUAAACUAGUGUUGAGGAUUAAAUCAAAUGAGGGAAUCAAGAGAUCGGUGCGGCAGAUUAAUUCAAGAAAGAAACCCAAAGCAAAGCAAAAGAAGAACAAGCGGAAGUUUGAUGCUAUGAAACCAAAGAAACCUCCUACGGCUUUCUUCUUUUUCUUGGAGGAUUUUCGUAAGGAAUUUCAAGAGCAGAAUCCAGAUGUAAAGUCAAUGCGUGAUAUUGGCAAGGCAUGUGGAGAGAAGUGGAAAACAAUGACUUAUGAGGAGAAGGUUCAAUACUAUGAUGUAGCAACAGAAAAACGUGCAGAAUUUGAUAGAGCCAUGGCAGAAUAUAACAAGAAAAUGGAAAGUGGAGAGUUUGAGGAAACUGAUGAAGAAUCAGAGUUUGAUGAGUAA